CAGCAAUACACCGACAAACUAAAUAAUCGACGUCAAAAGCUGUCAAAUAUGGCGAGGGGCAGUGAGAGAGAGAGCGGUAAUUGACAUGUAAAAAUGUGAAUAGGCCUGCCGCAUACCGUGAUCUGCGCUUCAAGAGGUGUGGGUGGAUCACGUUCUCCCGACACUCGCGGUGUCUUGCGCGAACCGUGGUACGCGGACGACGAUCGCGAUGUCAGGCUCGCCGCCGGCGCCCGAGUGCCGGAAGUGAAGUGUGCGCGAGGGUGCGGAGAAGAGCAGGGACCUGGGCCCUGUACACAGCCGGGUCGGAGGUUGCACGUGAAGGGCAUGAUAUAGUGAUCGGCGGGUAGCACUAUGGGCGCCCAGCAGACCAAGGACAGGGUGAUACCCGUCGGGUCAACCGUGCGACAAACUCGCAAACAGCCCAGGAACUUGAAGGAUACACGCGCCAUAGGCUCUAAUAUAUUCACCGAGCAUAGCGAGGCACUUUUGCAAAGUAGACCACUACCUCACAUUCCAGCAUUGCCAGAAGGUGAUCCCCCAAGUGGUUCUAGUGUUCAAUCAAUUUCACAGCAAGCAAAUAUCCAACAACACUCUAGUGUAUCUGCUAGUGGACUUCUUGAAGCAGCAAAUAGAUGGACUAGCAAAGAAAAUCUGUUGGCACAAGAGGAGGAUGAUCCUCAAUUAUUUGUUGCCUUAUAUGAUUUUCAAGCUGGUGGGGAGAAUCAACUUAGUCUGAAGAAAGGUGAACAAGUACGUAUCUUAAGUUACAACAAAAGUGGAGAAUGGUGCGAGGCCCAUUCGAGCACUGGGCAAGUAGGAUGGGUACCAUCAAAUUACGUGACUCCUGUUAAUUCUCUAGAGAAGCAUUCUUGGUAUCACGGAAGGAUAUCUAGGAAUGCUGCAGAAUAUUUAUUAAGUUCAGGGAUAAACGGUAGUUUUUUGGUACGAGAAUCAGAAAGUAGCCCUGGACAACGCAGCAUCUCCUUGAGAUACGAGGGUCGAGUGUAUCAUUAUAGGAUCAAUGAGGACAGCGAAGGAAAGAUGUUUGUGACGACAGAGAGCAAGUUUAAUACACUGGCUGAACUGGUGCAUCAUCAUUCAAUGCUUGCAGACGGCCUUAUCACGCAGCUGCUAUAUCCGGCGCCAAAGCACAACAAGCCUACAGUCUUUCCAUUGAGUCCGGAGCCGGACGAAUGGGAGAUUAAUAGAACGGACAUAGUAAUGAGGCAUAAAUUAGGCGGCGGCCAAUACGGUGACGUGUACGAAGCCGUUUGGAAAAGAUACAAUAUGACUGUAGCGGUUAAAACGCUCAAGGAGGACACGAUGGCACUGAAGGACUUUCUGGAGGAAGCUGCCAUCAUGAAAGAGAUGAAACAUAGGAAUUUGGUGCAAUUGCUGGGGGUUUGUACGCGCGAGCCACCGUUCUACAUAAUCACGGAAUUUAUGAGCAAAGGCAAUCUGCUGGAUUAUCUGCGAAAUGAAAGUAAACAUCAAAUCAACGCUGUAGUUCUGAUGCAUAUGGCAACGCAGAUUGCGAGCGGCAUGAGCUAUUUAGAAAGUAGAAAUUUUAUUCACCGCGAUCUAGCGGCCAGGAAUUGUUUGGUCGGCGAGAACCAUCUCGUCAAAGUCGCGGAUUUCGGUUUAGCCCGUCUCAUGAGGGACGACACGUAUACAGCUCACGCCGGCGCAAAAUUUCCCAUAAAGUGGACUGCGCCAGAGGGACUAGCGUACAAUAAAUUUUCGACGAAGUCUGAUGUAUGGGCAUUCGGUAUUCUUCUUUGGGAGAUCGCUACUUAUGGCAUGUCUCCGUAUCCUGGUGUUGACUUGACGGAUGUUUAUCACAUGUUGGAAAAAGGCUAUCGAAUGGAAAUCCCUCCCGGUUGUCCACCCAAGGUUUACGAAUUGAUGCGUCAAUGCUGGCAGUGGGCGGCGGCGGAUCGGCCGACUUUCAAGGAAAUACACCACUCGUUAGAAAAUAUGUUUCAAGAAUCAAGUAUCACCGAAGAGGUAGAGAAACAGCUUCAAGGCGGAGGGGAAAUCCCAUUACUGUCAUACAAAAAAUCGCAGACUGGUAGUACAGGAAAUAUACACGGACUUGUUCUUGUGUCUGAGCAAUUAUCUUCUUCCGGUAUAACGCAAGAAGGAGCCAGUUCAGUUACCAAGCUGAGUACCUUUAUGGGUGGCUUGUCAAGUAGGAGUAAUAGUAAUAUGGUUCAAAUGCGAAGAUCCACUAAUAAGAAGGGAAAACAAGCGCCUGCGCCUCCGAAACGAACAAGCCUGCUAUCAUCGUGCAGUUCUUUUCGAGAUUCCGCCUACCAAGAGCAGGACCACCAAAAUGUCGAAGUGAGCACUAUGACGCUUGACGAUGGCACAGAUCUAAAUGGUAUUGAUAAGAUUUUUGAAGGUAUCACACGUGAUCUCGUGACAAUGGCUACACAGUCAAUUACUACAGGAGGUUGCGAUAUGGACGACGACGGAGAUGGGUCGCAAGGGACAGCAGAGCAUAACUUUGUUUCUCAACCGUCAACCUCGCCGGAACCUGUAUCCAACUUACCGUGCAAUCAGAAACAAAUUAAAUCUCGACCUUACACGUCUAAGGAAGUACUGCCUCAGAAGCUGGUACACGUGGGUGCGCUGGAGGUGCAAAAUGUUAAGAGAGCGAUCAAUCGCUACGGUACGUUGCCGAAAGGCGCCAGGAUCGGAGCGUAUUUGGAGUCGCUACGACAGAGCGGUAUGCCAUCGAAUCAGGAGACAGGGCUUCCGGUUACCGCAUCCUCUUUGUCUGCCGCGGUCAUGGAGCAGCAGCAGCAGCAACAACAGCAGGACAUCAUCGCCGUCGACACGAUACCGCAGCAUCGCUCGCUCUCGCCCCGACAGAACAAUUUGCGCAAUCAGCCGCAGAUGACGCGCAGCAAUUCCUCGAGCGGGGUGGUGAACACUUAUCAACCGCCGAAUUCACCGCGUAGCCGCGGCGUGGGCGUCCGGAAGACAAACACGGAGGGGAUCGGUCUGCGGACCUUUCGCGCGCCGAACAGCUCCAGCUUCCGCACCGCCAGCCCGUCGAGGUCGAUUCAGCCGACUCUGGCCGAUCUGGAGUUUCCACCGCCGCCGGUGGACCUGCCACCGCCUCCGGACGAGGCCUUCGGCGAUCAGUGCGACCUACCGCCGCUGGUAGCGACGGCGUCGCCCUGCACCGAGACCUCGUCCGUCCACGCGAAGAUCGUGAGCUCGCCGGUCGGUCUGAGGAAAGUGAAAGCGGAGUGGCGGAGCAAGGACGAGAUUAGCGAUCACGAUCAGGAUGAGAGGAACAACGAUGUGAGGAACGCGGAGCCGUCGGUGAAGGAAGCCAGCUCGCGAUUCGGCGUUAACCUGCGACGCCGGGAGACCACCACUUCUGGCGAUGCGCACUGCGGUAAGUCCGCGGACGAAAAGAAGUUGGUUUACAGACCGAAGGAGACGACGGCGAUAAGCCACUCUAAACCCGGUAUGAAGGAAAUGCUGGAGCUUAAACUGAUCAAUGAGAUUAAGCAGAGUGCGGAUUUGAAACACAGUGUCGUGAAGAAGACCGGUAAUACCGCUAGUAACAGCGCGUCUUCGUCUGCGGCGCCGCUCGAUCCGGCGUCGCAACUUUUGUUCGAGUUGUGCGCCAGUUUCAGUAUAGACUCCGCCAGCAAGCAGCACGUCGUCUCGAGUGAGUACGCAAUCUCAACAUUGAAGAGCAACGAUGUGUCCGGCGUUCAGGAACACAUUCACACGAGUACGCAGAGCGUGUUUCUCGAGAAAAGCAGCGGUCACAAAGAGAUGCCGAUGACCUCGCCGAUCACGGAGGGCCACAUACUGAGCGCCGCUAGUGUAGGUUUCAAAUUGAAGAAGGUGGAUAAGAGGAGCAACCCGCAGAAGGAGGAGAAUCCAGACGGUGGUCAGAUAAUCGAUUUCAAGGCCCGGUUACGAAAAGUGGACAACGUCGACAAGGAGAGAGCCGCGGCGGACAAAUCAACGCGUUUCGACGACAGCGCGGGGAGCAACGUCGCGGACUCGGCGGACUCGUCGUCCGGCGUGGACGACGCUAACGACGACAAGCGCCGUAGCACCGGCAGUAUUAGCAGCCUAAAGAAAUUGUGGGAGAACAAAGAGGCUUCUUGUGAUAACCAACCGCUUAGUCCUAAAUUAAACGUGAGAGGGACGAGUGGCAAGCAGGACGCCGGCGAUGCCGCGAGCGAGGAUUCGCCGGAGGAUCACAGUAACGCGUCGACGAGGAGCUCAACCAGCAAGGGUGAUUCGCGAGUAUGGCCCCCGACUUCAUCGGCAACCACGGAAGUGGAGAAGCCCAUCGUGCCGGCGAAACCGCUGAAGCCACUCGGACCCUCCAGCAAGCACUUCGGUUCUUCGAUUUACGCAACGCCGAACUGCAACAAGCCGCCGUCACAGAGCGACGACGAUGGCAAUAAGCAGACUGGCGGUGGCGGCGAAUCGAAAGCGGCCAAGCACAAUGUGAUGGAAAUCUCGAACGUCAUAGAGAACAGUAUUCUGAAUCUGAAGGGCAGUCCCACCAUCGUCAUGGCUAGCUGGCUGCAGCUGUCCGACAAGGUCGGCUUGUUGCACGGUAUGUGUGUCAACCUGACGGACACGGCAAUCGCGCCGCACGCGAGGUUCCAGUUUCGCGAUCUGCUCACGCGGCUCGAGCUGCAGGCGAGGCAGCUGCGAGCCGCCGGCACGCGCAACAUCAUCGAGAACACGAGACUCUUGUGUGACGUGCAGAACACGAUAAAGGACGUGAUAAACACAGUGCAAAGGUAAAGCUGCACGAGUCGACGGAUUGAAGAAUCAAAAACGAGCGUCGCUCCUGCGAGUUUCUCCCCAUCCCCUUCCGUACGUUUUUCACGUUGAAUCGCGGAAGUCGUCACUCUCUCAACGCACCCCUUCUGCCUCUUUCUAUCUCGGAUCCGUGGGCGUUAGUAUAUAUAAAUCUAUAUAAAUAUAUAUAAAUAUAUAUAUAUA